UCUGUCGCGGCGGUGGGUUGGAGCCGCUGUGUCCCCGAUCUGGCACGUUCCUGUCCAAAUUAUUAUCGGGUUAAAAUUGGAUUCCCUUUUACGAAAUCUCUGAAAUUCUCAACUCUGCCAAAUUUAAAGUGCUCUCCAAUUCUAUUUUUCCGCACACAGCCUCAACAUUAGAACCCCCAAGAAGAUGGCGAUGGGGUCGGCAGUCGCCCGGCUUGAGGGCCGAGAAUUCGAAUACCUGAUGAAGAAGAGGUCGGCGACCAUCGGUCGGAACUCAUCGCAGGGCUCGGUGGACGUUAGCAUGGGCCACUCCAGUUUCAUCUCUCGCCGGCACCUCGAAAUUUUCACCGCUGGUGAAGACGGCACCGGUAGCGGGGAAUUCUACCUCCGAUGCCUCGGCAAAAACGGGGUGUUUGUGGAUGGGGUGUUCCAGAGACGAGGGGCUCCACCUCUGCAGCUCCCACGAAUGUGCUGUUUCCGGUUCCCCAGCACCAACAUUAAGAUCACGUUCACAGCCCUGUCCAGCGAUAAGAAGGAGCGUAGGAACGUGUCGGAGUCACCGGUCAAGCCCGUCCAGCACCAGAUGGCGCCGCUGACCAUCAACAUUCCAGACAACAUCGCCCACCUCAUAAGCCCGCUGCCCUCACCCACUGGCACCCUCAGUGCCGCCAACUCCUGUCCAAACUCCUGUCCGUCAAGUCCCAGAGGGGCGGGGCUGUCUGGCUAUAGGAUGGGCCGCGUGCUGACCGCUGACCUCGUCAACGAGAACUCCCAAACAGACGACAAGGAGGGCUCGGGAGGAGACAGCCCCAAGGAUGACUCCAAGCCACCGUAUUCCUAUGCCCAACUAAUAGUCCAGGCCAUCACCAUGGCCCCCGACAAGCAGCUGACUCUGAAUGGGAUUUACACACACAUCACCAAGAACUACCCCUACUACAGGACCGCAGACAAAGGCUGGCAGAACUCGAUCCGUCACAACUUGUCUCUGAACCGCUACUUCAUCAAAGUGGCUCGGUCUCAGGAAGAACCGGGUAAGGGAUCGUUCUGGAGGAUCGACCCCUCAUCAGAGGGCAAGUUGUGUGAACAGGCGUUCAGGAAACGCAGGGCCAGGGGGGUACCCUGCUUCAGGACCCCGCUGGGGCCCCUCUCAUCUAGGAGUGCCCCGGCCUCUCCUAGCCACACAGGGGGGCUGUCGGCCCACUCCAGUGGUGUGCAGACCCCAGAAAGCCUAUCCAGGGAGGGCUCCCCUGUCCCCAUGGACCCAGAGCCAGCUCGGGCCACAGCUCCCACCACGGCCACUGCCCUACAGCCCAAACUAGCUGUCAUCCAGGAGGCCCAAUUCGCUAAGAGUGCUACUGGCUCCCCUCUGAACAGCCAGCCGGUGCUGAUCGCCAUGCAGCGACAGUUGCCCCAGACGACAAUGAAGCCUGUUACCUACACCAUGGCAACGCCUGUCAUGACAACAGCUGUAAGCUCUGCCCCCAUCAUGCAGACAGUGCACGUACUCCAACAGAUUCCGAUGGUCACCAUGGCUACCGUCGCUGCCACACAGAAUUCAGUUGUUACGCUGAAAACAGAACCGCAGGAGAACGGAGGGGGAGACCACAAUGGGGUCAAAGUCAAAGUGGAGUCUGUCCCAGGCAUCACUACUUCCUCUAUAGGCGGGGCCAAUCGCAUAAUCCAGACCUCCCAGGCCACACCCCUAACAGUUACCAUCGUGCAACAACCUCCCCUGGGCCAGCAUCGGCUUCCUAUCAAGGCCAUCACACAGAACGGGACUCACCUGGUUCCCAUCACUACUGUUGCUAACACAGCAGUGGUGAACCCCCUCCACCUGUUGGCUGCUCAUGCCUCGGCCUCUGCAUCGCUGCCCACCAAGAGGCAAAACGGGGAGCUGGCCGACCACCCCGAACCCAAGAGGGUCAAAACUGAGGAGGGGGGCGAGAGCAUAGCCCCCGUUGUAACCAACUCGUGCACAAGCGGAGACGGGGACAAUGGGGUUAGUGAAAAGGCUGGCGAUAAGUAGAGGUCUUGACCCCUCUCCUUAAUGAGCUCUACUAUUCUACUAUCCCGCCCCCUCUGUUCUCACUCCCACGACCGGACUCCCACUCGAAACCAUGUUUAUCCUCUACUCCAAGGUGCCAAAAGAAGACGAGGUAUGGAUCCACCUCCGGACUACAGUAUGUGUGAGUAGUAGACAGACCGCCACCCAUCCAUUGGUAUAAAAAGCAGAAAAGAAUAUGAUGCAAAGACCAAAACCAGGACAAGCAACAAAAACAAAAAAGGAAUAUUUGAAGUUGUUAGAGGUGACCCUGUUUGAGAUACAAACUACAACUAAACCUUAAGUGAAGCACAGUAAGUCUUGUUAACGUUUAAAUGUAAAUUAAGUCUAUAAAAAUGUAAAUGAGAUCAAAACAGACCUCUGGACUUUGACCACCAGAAUCACCAAGCCUUCCACUGCUGAUUGGAAAGUUCCUUUUUUUUUUUACACAGGACACAACCCCAAGAGAGGGAAGUAGCCAAUGGCAUCAUCCCAGCAGCAUUAUAGGCAAGC